AUGCCACAAGAUAUCAUGAAUUUAAAAUUUGUACUAAUUGUUUUAUUGAUAGUAUCAACGUUUUCAAGAGAUAUUUACGUAGACAAUACAUCAGGCAGUGACCAAAAUCCCGGAGACUCUAAAAUUUAUCCCUUCGAAUCGAUACAAAAAGCCAUUUCUUCAAUAGCUUCUAGUGAAAUUAUAGAACCGGUGACUAUUUAUAUAAAAUCGGGGUAUUAUCCAUUCGUUAAUAAUUCAAUUGAUAUUACUAAAUGGUCAAUUAAAAACAGUACAAUACCGCGCCCAAUCACUAUAACGAAAUACCCCAAUGAAAACCCACCUGUUAUCACAGGUGGAGUCAAAAUUCCAAUAUCUUCAUUUCGUUCUUUGAACUCAGAAACUGACAAAGCGCAAUAUGAAAAAAUCCAAAGUUCAAAAAGAAACUCCAUUAAAGUGUGCGAUUUAGAUAAAUUAUAUGACCGAAUCGACUUAGGAAUAUUCGAAGCAGAUUCGAAUGCUGAGAUUUAUGUCGACGACAAGCGGUUCCGUGUGGCUCGAUAUCCAAAUUAUGAGUACACAGACACAUCACAUCAAACCGAGAGAAUAUUCAUAUUACCACCAACUGACACCUCCGUUCAACUCACACCAAAUGUGACUGGAUAUUACAUUCCUAGAACAGAGGUUUUAUGUGGCAAUGAGACGACUUUUAAGAGUGAGCAGAGUGUGAAUGGGAAGUACUAUUAUCUCUAUAAGAACGAUUCUAGUUACUGGACACUAUCAACACGCUUUGAUUGUGGUGUCCCGACACAGAGUGACGGUGCUUAUUUCACGAUCAAGCGAACUGCGAUGGCGGGAGAAGUCAAAGCUGUUGAAGAGUCUGGCGCAAAGGGGAAUCCUGUGCUUCAGCAGCCAAAUUACAUAUACCGAGGAAAUAUGUGGACUGCGUAUGCACCAGACAAGUUGGGGAGAACUUUUUAUUAUUCGAAUGAUAAAUUGGGUGAAUACACAAAAUACGACUCUGUGUGGAUGAGAGGGUAUUGGCUCAUCUUUUCACAGGACCAAGCAGUCAAGGGAACGAUCGAUAAGAACAAAAGAACAGUAACUGUUGAUAGAGCUUUGGGUGGUGGAGACUUUGAGGGGAUGAUCAGUGGGAUGCCAUUCUAUAUAUUUAACUUGAUAGAAGAAUUGGAUGAAGAGGGUGAGUACUAUAUUGAUUAUGAAGAAAAGAAACUGUAUAUCUACUUGCCGGCUAUUGUUGAUAAAGUGUGGAUAUCACAAACCACUUCAUUAUUAGUUAAUGUGCACACUUUUAAUAAUUUGACUAUUCAAAAUAUCAUUUUUGAAUAUACACGAAAAACUAUGAUGAGCUUUUAUUUAUCAAAUAAUAUUCUCGUCAAAAAUUGCACGUUCAGACACUCGGGGUUAAUGGGAAUUUAUUUCUCAGGUAACCAGUCGACAAUUACUCAUAACAUUUUUUAUGAUAUGGGAUCUGAGGCAGUUUAUAUGAGAUGUGGAAACUUUACUACAUUAUAUCGAGGAGAAUGCUAUCUAACUCAUAACUAUGCGAACACGACGUCACAAGUAUCGUUUACUUUUGUUCCAGCGUUUUCCAUUGCUUUUGUUGGAAAUUACAUGAAGCAUAAUUACGUGGAAAACAAUCCCCAUUUGGGAUAUGCACAUAAUGGCGCGUAUUUGGAGAUCUCAUACAAUGAAGCUAAAAACAUAUGUACCCGAGCUUCUGACUGUGGUGCAUUAUAUUCCGGUACACAUUGGGAAUACUCUGGUAAUGUUAUUAAGCGCAAUUUCUUCCAUGACUCAACUGGAUUUGGGCAGCCUGGCGGAGGGUCUUUUGUUAUUGGAAUUUACUUGGACGACAAUCUAUCGAAGCAAAGAGUCUACCAAAACGUCGUUUCUAAUUUUGUUGGCCGUUGUAUAGAACAUGGUUCGGGAAGGUCUAAUCUUAUUUAUAAUAACAUAUUCUAUAAAUGUAAUGAUGGGUACACUGGAGAUUCUAGAGGACCGAGAAGGUAUCACACAACCCCAAACGUGUUCUACAAUUUACUUGACACGAUGGUGAAUGAUGGAGUCGAUAGAUAUACGUCUCCGUGGAAAGACCAAUUUCCCGAAUGGGCGUUGUUACCAAAAACAUCUGAAGAAUUAAUGAAAGAAGAAAAUCUUCAUUGGCUGUAUAUGGAGAACAGUGAGAUAUAUUGUAACGUUUUCUAUAAUCAUAAAAAGGAUUAUGUAUUUACUGAACAGUGUGAUAAAUAUAUGAAAAGGUGGGAGAUGAACACUAACUCGAGUCAAGAUCCAAUGUUUUAUGAUGUUGAUAACAACGAUUUCAAAAUGAGAAAAGAAGGGGAAAUAUAUAAGUAUAACUGCUGGGAGGAAAUUCCUUAUGAAAAUAUCGGGAUUAACAAACGAGACAAUGCUUAUAGUGUCUUAACUGAGUUCUUAACUGUUAUAUGUCUUGUUGUCUUCUUAUUUUAA